AAGAAGGCGCUCGCUUCCGCGUCGGGCCCUGAGGCGUCCGGCGGCCGCGCCGAGGGCCGGGCCGGCCGCAGAGAGGCACCAGGACUGCCAUUGUUAUGAAGUUUCUGAAAGUGUGGUGAGGCAAACAUUCCGGUGUUCAGGCAGCAAUGGAAGGCCAUGAGGCAGCAAAAGAGGUGCUAGACAUUCUUCGACUGAACGUGGGGGGUUGUAUUUAUACAGCCCGGCGUGAGUCCCUGUGCCGCUUUAAGGACUCUAUGCUGGCGUCUAUGUUCAGUGGUCGCUUUCCUCUAAAAACAGAUGAGUCAGGGGCUUGUGUUAUUGACCGUGAUGGACAUCUAUUUAAAUACCUUUUGGAUUACCUUCACGGAGAAGUUAAGAUUCCCACAGAUGAACAUACCCGCAUUGCCCUGCAGGAAGAAGCUGAUUACUUUGGUAUCCCUUAUCCAUACAGCCUGUCUGACCACUUGGCCAAUGAAAUGGAAACAUAUUCUUUAAGGUCAAAUAUAGAACUUAAAAAGGCUUUAACAGACUUCUGUGAUUCGUAUGGUUUAGUUUGCAAUAAACCAACAGUUUGGGUUCUCCACUAUCUUAACACAUCUGGCGCAAGCUGUGAGAGUAGAAUUAUCGGUGUAUAUGCCACAAAAACUGAUGGUACAGACGCUAUUGACAAGCAGCUGGGAGGAAGAAUUCACAGUAAAAGCAUUUUUAAAAGAGAGGCAGGAAAUAAUGUUCAGUACAUUUGGAGCUACUAUUCAGUAGCAGAAUUGAAGAAAAUGAUGGAUGCCUUUGAUGCUUGGGAAGGAAAAGGUGUUAGCUACUGGCGGGUGCCUCAUGAGCUGAUAGAGUGUUGGACUCUGGAAGAGCGUCCUUUGCUUGGAAGCCUGCAUCACAUGGCCCCUAUUCGAAAGAGGCGACUGAUAGCAUGCAAUGAAGAGGAAGAAGAAGGCGUGAACUGUAAGGCUGGUCCUAAACCAGUCAGAUUUUUGGGCCCUUCCACCAGCACCCAAAUUAAAGUCAAGAACUCAGCUUCAGUCAGGGUGGCUCUAAGCACUGCCGUCCAGACCUCGUCUCGGCUGACAGCAGAUCGGUCUCAGGGCAGCAGCAGUGGAAAGGCAGCUCAGGGCUUCGCGCCAUCCCCUUUGGGCACCGGGCCACUUGGGCAUUCUCAGGCUUCCCGUGGGGCCGGGAGCACCCAAAACGGAGCCACACACACCCCGCCAGCAAAGGUGCUGCUCCCCGACAAGAAGCCCGCGCCGCAUCGAGUGAUAAAGCUGAGGAGGACUCCGCUGUGUGCGGCGCCUUCCCUGCCCAGCUCCUCUGCAGGGACGCAGCCCCGCUCCCCCGAGCCGCCGCCUCCCGAAGCUUCCAGCACUGAGUGUGCAGACUGACCACGGGAGAGACCAGGCUGAGGGGUAAAAAUGUGCACUUACGUCUUCCUUUUUGUCUCCCAGAACUUCCAACCUAUUUGAUAUGAAUAAGCGACACUGUUUCUUGUUGCACUAGAGGGAAAACUUACGUUUAUAUUUGAGAUUAUUACAGGAAAAUUGAAUUGUGUGAAGAAGGAAUGGAGGAGAGGAAACUUUAAGUGGUUGGGGCUUUAUUCUCAUUUUCCCAACUUUUAAAUGAUAACUUGUCUAUGGACAGUUUGAAUUUCUGGUCUUUAAUUUGUUUUUUUAAUGGUUAAUUGGUAUAAGACAACAAAACAGUACAGUAGAAUAAUCACUAGAGAAGUCCACUUUGUUGCUGAAAUAAUUAUAGACUCUGGGCCCUUUGGUAAUGUUCCUCCUCGCAGCCAGGGACAGGCGUGAGGUCUGGGCUUAGAUAUUCCUGCCUGGGGAGAUGGCGAUGGUGCUCUUAGUACUUGCCUGUGCAGUGCCACCGCCCAGAGGGCUGCUAGAGAGGAAAUGCAGAUCAAGCUGAGCUGCCCCCAAACAACUCAGCCUCAAAAGACACGAAAAGAAACAGUGGGGAGGGAAAAAAGACAAUAAGCUGAGAUGAUACUUCGAAUCUCACUUAAUUGAACUAUUUUCUUUCCUAGAUUGACUUUUCUUAUCCUUUUCCGUUAGCAGAUUUAUUUAUAUAUACCAUGAGAAGAUUUCUUGGAACAAGAAUUAUAUAAUAUCCUUGAAGUGAAUUGUUGAAAUAGUUUAAUUUGAAUA